AUGAUAAACACGUUCAUGAAGAAAAACGGAAAGGUAAAUCAGUAUUCUUCCGGCGGCGUUCCGAGCGCCACGCCAACUCUCAUUUCGCUUCUCGAGCGACAGUAGGCAAGCGAGAGAGUGCGAGACAAGGAGAAUGCUGCCGGCGACGCAGAGAGCACGCGCAAUUGCUUGCGCUUUUCUCGUGCAGGAGACCGUGACCGUGCGGGGGAAUUCACGAAAAUCGCGGAUUCGCGCAAGCUUACGGUAAAUGCGCGUCAAGUAUGGCGCAUGCAAGAAUCCGCGAUUUUGGCAUUUUUUCCGCGAUUUUGGUUUCCGCGGUUUUCGUGAAUUCUCCCGUUUUGGCAUGGCCCCAAAUUUUGGCUUGAGUUUUCAAACACCUAGGGGCAAUAGCGAUGAAUUGAGUUUAACAAUUGAAAACUAUUAAUUCCUUCCAUUUCACACCCUCUCACUAAUAAUUUCCCUAUCGCUUUUCCAGGCUGACAACCCUCAAGACGUAGUGUCCGCCCGUGAUAUCGGUCGUCUCGUCGACGUCGUUAACAUCGGGAAAGGUUUUCUCCGAUACGUGGGCCCGAUCCACGGAAAAGAAGGUCUUUUCUGCGGCAUCGAACUGCUCGAACCGAAUGGAAAACAUGACGGAUCAUUCCAAGGUUUCCACACUCCCCUUGCUUCUUCCCCUUCACUCCCCCAUUUUCAGGUGUUUCCUACUUCAUCGCCACUCCGCAGCACGGCAUUUUCGCACCAUUAUUUCGAGUUUCUCUAGAUGUAGACGAGCGUCCGAGACCCCCUCCUUCGAAUCCGUCCAACGUAAGUCCCUAAUUGUCCUUCUCAUCUGUUCCGUACGUUCCUUCUAACCCUUCCCUCUCACCUGCACUUCGCAGCGUCUCUCCCGAUCUGCUCUUCCGGCUCUCCAAUUGCGCAAUCCGCUCACUCAAGAGCGCAAGCCGGAAGAAGACGUGAUGUCCACUUCGGUCUACGUUUCCGCCACCAAACCGAUAUCCAUUCCAACAAAAAACUGUCGCCCUCCGGAAAGCGAUCCGAUGCAAAUGUCCAUGUUCUCCGAUAUGAUGGACGGAUCAGUGGUACGUCGCAGCACGGACAAUCUGUGUGUGACGUGACUUCGUGAUGCAUGAGCUCAAUCUGAGAAACAUAAUGCGGUCGUGGUGGUUCCCACAGAACUCAAAUUCCAAAGUUGCACUCCUUUCUUGCCAACACCUCCUAUCCAUUUUCUCGCCGACGCGUGUAUAAUAACAAUAAUCGCACGACUGAAUGCGUGUGGCAGCCGACGACAAUUCUUCCCCCUCCAGGUCGCCUUCCCUUUCGCAACUUCAUUCACUCAUGAUGUUUUUUGUCGCCGUCCUCGUUCUCUCCAUUAUAUUCAGUUUUCUCCUCCAACUUAUCUUUUAUCCGUCCGUCCGGUCGGCCGGUCAUGUCGUUGUAAAGUGUGUGUGUUUUGUGUGGAUAUGCUGGCUGGAGCCUCACCACGGGGAGCACUUUUUUCAUGGCUUUAUCUUUUCAAAACUCUCUUACCUGCCUGCCUUUCUCUCGAAAACACCUGCUUUUUUCUCGUCGUCGACUUCUUUGCUCGUGGUUCUUCGGUUAUAUAUAGUUUAAAAGUUGCAGUUUUCGAACGGGUCCUGGAGCGAUAUUGCCGAAUCAAUGAUUACUUCCAACUGUACUUUCACAGUGCGGAAAGGGGUAAUUAUAUAGUAUCCAGAACCUUUUUGGAGUCAUUCAAUUACAGCCGCCUAUGCCAAUGGACGAUGAGACUGACCUGAUGAGCGUUCCGAUGGUUCAGUCAGUAUUCAAUAUUGACAGAGAAGCGUUGAGAAGGGAAGAGCAGUGUAAGUUUUACUUUUGAGUGAAUAAGAUCGGUAUAGAAGUAUCUUAAUAACGUCAUCAUUCCAGUGCAAUCGUCUAUGGUGCUCGGCGAGUCGCGAAUCGGCGUUGAGCAUCUUCCGAUCAUAGAAGACGAGAAUGAACUCGAGACGCCUCUCGUCGAGACGAGAGCUCUGCCUCCCCCGAACGACGUGAAUGCCAACCUUUCCUCGAAGACUUAUUCUUCCACAUUCAUCGAGCCGUCCGUGAUGGAAACACCAAAAAUCGAGGUCCGAGAGAAUGGUGAGGCAUCAGAAAAGACGAAGAGAAUGAGCAUGAUGGAUGUGUCAGGAAACUUGGACAUUCCUACUCUUCCGUCGCCGCCGCAACAAUCUCCGUCGGCCAGCUCAACGGCCUCCCUGGAGAGCGAUUCUGGUUCCAGAAAGGAAACUAAGAGUGACAAGGCAAGCGAUGGGAACAGUCACCAAAGGGCUUUUAAAUCUCGAAAAACAGCUAUCCUUCCCCGCAUUCGAAACAUUUCCGAUUGGUUUUGCGGGCGUUGGAGGGUGGGAAUCGGCUUUUUUCUACCGUCAGGUUGAAUAACGGGCGUGUCUGUUUCUAUAAUUUAUGCAAGAAUUUGAAUGAGAAUCGCAAAGCGAAAACACACGCUCUCCUCGCUCCGUCUUCUUUUUAUCAGUUUACAUUUCCCCGCUCACCUGCACCACUGAUAACAGUGAAUCGUUUAAUUACAUUAUUCCAAUUUCAGUCAGAACAACCACCGAAAAUGGAAGAGAAGCCAGUUCCGAAGAAGAAAGAAGAGGCCCCAGCUGCUCCGUCGGCUCCAAAGUUUCCCGUGAAACAAAAGGCGCCCACCAAGCAUCAACUGAUGAUGGAACAAUUGAAAGUGAGCGAGGAAAAAGGAAGAAAAGGAAGCCAUUUGCAUUACUUUGCAGGCGUCCAUCGAAGCGGAGAAAACGAAGCCGAAAAAAGAAAUCAAAAGUCGAGUCUCGCUUCUUCCGCCGCCGGCUCCAAAAGCUCAAAAGGAGAACAAAGAAGGUGGGUGAAACAGAAGAAAAAUAAGCUUGAAGCAGUUGUGAUCAUCAUUCGUAUGUCUUGGGGGGUAUGUCCUCAUGUUUGUUUGUUUGUUUGUUUAUUUCUCCGCUUGUCCGUCCCCAUUUUCAUUUCUAAAACGAAAAUAGUAGUGACGGAAAAGUAAAGAAAUGAACACGUGCCCUUUCAAACAGUUAUGAGAAAGAAACAAGCGGCGAAGCGCAGCGGGCCCCAGUCUUAAAAGUCUUGUCCAUUCAUAAUAAAACAGAAAGUGUUGGAACUUCCCCUUUCACAUCUUUUGCCUCUUUUUUCUUGCUAUUCAGUGUUUAACCCCUAUGUCUUUCUCAGGAGAAAUGACUGAAACUCCGCGGAGAUCCAUCUCGAAGACCCCUCUAAAAACUGUGAACGCAAAGGUAAAGAAGUCUCCGGCGCCGCCCGUCGAACGACCAAAAAAGGAAAGAAAGCCGUUGUAUGUAGCUCCUCCGCCCAAAGGUUUGCAGAGAAGUUUUAUGCUGUUUGACUAAACUGACUCACUUUUUCAGAGCGAACAGAGAAGGAGAAGAAGGCGCCGCCGCCGAAGCCAGUCGUUUCCCCUCCAUCCACGGCUCCGAAAGAGGAGAAGAAGCCUAUCGUUUCUUCUAUUCCGUCCACAUCUACCACAUCUUCUGCUUCGGGAAAAGGAGCCUUCCCGACGUCUUCUUUUGCCGGGGGCAGAAUGCAACUCAACCGGAAGACUUCUACUGCCUCUUCUGUAACAUCUGCCAAACCGAAGAAGCCUGCUACCAUAGGUAAACUGUCGUUUCAUUAGAUAUCAACUAAGCGUGUUCAUUCAGACGAGAAAGAGAAGCUGUCUCGCCUCCAGCAAUCUGCUCGAGCCUUCGAAGCAAUGAUGAUUGUCAUGAGUCGGAUAAACGACGAGAGCGAGCGGAAAUUAAGAGAUUUUACGGAGCAAUAUGGUGAGGAAAUUGAGAGAUCGGAUUGAGAGAUAAGUGGAUGAUUGCAGAGAAGAAAGUUGGAGAGCUCGGGGAUCUAAAGAAAAUGCUCGAUGAAGCCAGGAAAAAGUUCGAAGAGGACGUCGAGCAGAUGAAGAACAAUAGCCAGCAAGGUGAGAAGAACCUCUUAUUCCAUCUUGCCCCAUAAGGAAGUGCAUUCCCCGGAUAGUUUCCUCACAGCUUUUCCUCUUGCCGCCCGCAUUCCCUUGAAAUGCCUGUCUUUGCCCGGUUCAAGUGAUUUCUCAUCUUCUCCCGACCGGGUUGCGUUUGUGAAGCGAGAAGAAGAAAGAACCGCGCGUUAUCCGGACGGCCAUCUAGCCGUUUUCAACACCAGAACAAUACGUCGGGGCUUUCGUUCUUUUCUGAGACUCCCAAGCUAUGCGCCACCAACAAUUGGCCACGGCACGAACUACUCUCGCCGCCACAGUAAUCGCCGCCCUUUCGUUCUCCGCGUGCAUGUUUGUGAGCAAGGAAUGUGCCACUUCAUCCUCUGUGCUCUCGAUUCUCGCUGGCGCCGCUCCAGUUGUUCUACUUAUUUUUACAGUGGUACGCAAUCAUGCGAGCACAGUCGACAAGAUACAGAAGAGCCACGAAACACAGGUGAGACCGUUGUGAUCCAGUUGAAAUAGAAAAGUGGUGUUGUAGAUUGCUGAGAAGACGAAAGAGUGCGAGAGAAGUCUGGAGGAUGAAAGAGCGAGGCGAGAAGCCGAGAUUUGUGCAAUGAGCAGCAAACACCAGAAGGUCGUGGCUUGUCUCGAUGAGAAGAUAGCGGAGGCUGAGAAGCAGUGCGAACAGCUUAACAUUGACAAGAAAGUGCUGCAAGCGGCUCUCGCGAAUGACUGCGAUCACAGAAAUCAGAUGCUCACCAAGGAGAUUUCGUCCCUACAGAUUGCGUUGGAAAUGAAGUCUGCUGAGAUGAAAGAGCUCAGACAGAAAAACCAGAACGUGAGUGACAUUUCUCAGGUAACUUCUGAAUAACUCAAUUUCAGUUGUCCCUUCAAGUGGACGAGAUCCCACUAAAAGAAUUAGAGAUCAGCAAGUGGAAGCACAAGUCAAAUGAUUACAAACAGAUGCUAGAUCAGAAGAUAAACGGAGAGAAGUGAGUUCUUCAAAGACAAUAUAACGUUGCCUGAUUUUGUUCAGAAUACUUGUCCAGCAAAUUGAAGAUCUCCGCCGGAAGCAGAUUCAUGAUGAAGAAGAGAAAGAAGCAAUGAAGAGGAGUUUCGAUCUGAUGCAGUUCAAAUAUGAAAACGGAGAAGAUCCGAACGUCACAAGUGUUAUGUCGGCGCCUAUGGAGAGCCGCUUUAGCACACCGUAUGUUGUUUUCGAGCUUAAGCUAGCUUAGAAGUUCUCACUGAGAAUAUUUUCAGAACAAAAGUACAGUACCGUUCACGAUCGUCCGCAUCGGGAAGCCGUCCAAUUUCCAUGGCCACCAACGGAGAUCAUAGACUCUCCACCUCUUCUCACAGUAAGUUCUGCCCGUCAGCCGUUCAAAUUUUGUGUAUUAUCUUGCAGACGGCGACCAUGACAGCAUGAACCGAUCUACGAUCUCCAUGUACACAAGUCACAUCAGGUUGCCCGAGAACCAUGCCGAUGACGUCAUUUACGCCCCGGACGAAAUAAUUUCGAGCAGGAGCGGAUCCAUCUCGCAAAGACUGGCCAUAGCCAUAGAAGACGACGGAGAGCCAAUACUCAAGAGCGAAUCUGGAGACGCUUCGGACUCUGGAAUCGGAUUAGUCAUGUGA